AAUCAGCUGGCCGCUAGUUAGUGCGAAAUUAGUUUAAUCGUAUACAAAGCCUUCAUUAUACGUAAAAUCUUCAAUUUUCAAUUUCUUGUUAGCCUAAGCCAUAUUAUAAGGCAAACGCCAUAAUGGGUGAACCACCUACCCCAAACACGCCUGGGAGUCAAGCACUUGUAAAACUGAAGGAACGUGACAGCGCACUGCAAGACUUUAAAGUGCCUACCGCUGGGGCAGUGCGCAAGAAAACCAAACAGAAGAUACUAACAGAGGAAAUGUACAUUGAUGAGCUUUCCAAAAUUAUACAACGUGACUUCUUCCCACACUUGGAUAAAUUGCGUGCACAAAAUGACUACCUCGAUGCGAUGGACCGCAAAGAUUACGCACAAAUGGAGGCCAUACGUGCCAAGUAUAGUGGGCGCAGGCCCACCGAUCGAGGCUCCAUGUCGCCGGCCACAUUUGAGACACCGGCAAGUGCAACUGGUAUUAUGACACCGCGUCUUGAGGGCAGUGGUGCUGCCUCGGAUACACCGAAGUCAGCUAUAUCCAGCUGCUCGAAAGCGUCAAAAACUGGAACGGAACCAAAGUCUGUAGCGGAUAAGCAUUCAUUGGAUUCUUUUCUGCAGCAUUACACAAGCGAAGACAACCAUAGUUUUCAAGAAAUUAUCGAUACUGCCGAUGAAAAACUACGACAAAAAUUUGCUGUACUGUAUAAUGAAGAAAAACUGUCGGCUGAUAAAUUGGCGCGGGCGUUAACGCUACCAUCCAUUGAAAAGCAGUUUGAGGAACCAGAUCCAUUGCGAAAGAUUGAAACAUGGAGCUACACAAACAAAAACUCUAUUAUGUAUAUACCUGAUGGUGUAGAACUUACUGAAAAGGAACGUGUGGAAGCUGCCAAACAGCGGGAAAUAAUACAACACAGUGCCACACGACUUAGCAGUAAUCCUUUUGUUGAGCCUGCUACUCCUAAAUCAAACAAUGAGUUAGCUAAAAACCAAUCUCAGGCGCUAAUUAAUAAAAUUGGACUAGAUGGUAAUGCCAUAACGUUUGGUGACGAAGGCGAGGGACCGCAGGUUCGGGGGUUUAAUUUAGUGAAGACGCCAUCACCACGACCAGGUGAAGCGUUUUCACCGCUCAUGACAUGGGGAGAAAUCGAAGGUACACCCUUUGGAGUAUCCAAUGCCUUGGGCAGGUCAUUGGCCAUCGAAAUGUGCCGCCACUACAGCGCCGAUUCCCUUGCCAUACUCAUCGACCCCUCCGAGGAAAAUUUGCAGGAAGUAAAGAAAGAAAUUGAAUACCUAGAACGUGGUAUUAAUGUCGUUUGCUGGCCGAUCAAAGUAUGGCAAGAGGCCAACGGUACUUACUUCCGUCAGCUACUCGCCGCAAUUUUUGAGAAAUACACUGCUACCAAAUGCGAAUUCGAACUCGCCUUCAUACUUCACAACGAGGGGAAGAUGGCAACAAAUAAUUUGAUGGAACCACAGUUGACUGAGGAUUGGUUGUCCUUUGUGCAGGAGAACCUCUACGCGCCCGUUGCACUCAAUCGAGCCUUCCUAAGCGCACCGCAACUAACCAAAAUCACAAAACUUGUCGCCAACGUCACAUCCAGCUUGAUGAUCCGUCCAUUCGUUUAUAAUUCAUUGUUGUGCUCUUGCAUGAAAGCACGUGAUAUGUACUUCCGUUCGAUGGCCAAUGAGGAAAUACGCAAUGACGUUAAUGUAAUCAGCUAUUCGCCGGGCAUUUUGGAAACACACAAGCCCCAAUUGGACGCGAACAACAAUGAGGUCGAUUUGUCGGAUUUGGAUGUGAACGAAAAAUGGCUGCAGUUGCCACUGGGUGAAAAGAUGCGUGCACAGAAGCAAAGGGCGGCUGACACAGCACGUAAGAAUAUCAACUCGCCUUUCAUACGUUCGAACAUGGAACGCUUGGCUUCAAUGUCACCGGCGGCAAGACGUUUAGCAACCUCUAAAUUAGGCAUAGGCACAACACCAAUUAUGCCUACGCCGCAGCGGACACCUGGAGCAGUAAUGCGGAGGGCCAAACCAACAUCGAAAGCUAUGAAUUCCCGCAAAACGCCAGCGGGUAGUGCAAGCACAAGCACCUCAGCACCUAACACACCAAAACAGAUCAGUAGCGGAAAGUCAACACUCACUGAUGAUCUAUUGAAAAUUCCUACGAAACGAUUGCGAGCAUCGGAUUUCUUUUAAAUGGAGAGAUAUUUUGGUAGAUUAAGAGAAGUGAGUUUGGGUGCAUUCCGAAACGUCAAAAUACAAAGUAUCAGUUUCUUUUAUUUCAAAAUUUCAGUAGAUUGUAAUGCUAAAAUGUGGGCAACCACGUUUUCAACUAGGUUGCGCAGGUUAGACUUUUUCUUCCAGUGCGGGUUGGAAAAAAAGAAACUGAUGCUUUGUAUUUUGUCGUUUUGGAAUGCACCCUUUGUUUAGUUACUAGCGCUUAUGGAAGCAACAAAAUUUUUACACGAACGCACAAAGAUGUGAGUAUAUGUAAUGGCAUAUUGAUGGUUGUUGGUAAAAUUUUAAUCAACUAAAAAGUAUUUAGCAAUAGUUUUGCUAAUAUGUAGUUAUAACAAAAAAUUAAUUUGUAGCGUAAUAAAAAGUAUCCAUAUAAAAUUA